AUGACACCAACGUGUCCCCAGUGUCUUUUCUCAUAUUCGCUCAGCUACUUUCGCACGUUAUUCUGCAUCGAAAAAAAUAUCUAUCUAUCUAUCUAUCUAUCUAUCUAUCUAUCUAUCUAUCUAUCUAUUACUGUUUCUAUCUAUCUAUCUAUCUAUCUAUCUAUCUAUCUACGUAAAACUACUGUUUCUAUCUAUCUAUCUAUCUAUCUAUCUAUCUUUCUAUCUAUCUAUCUAUCUAUCUAUCUAUCUAUCUAUCUAUGUAAAACCUUUUCUCUUUAUGUUAUUAUGUCGCUUUUAUCUUAUUUUUGUCGUUUAUUUUUUCUUUCUUCCUUCUUUUUCGUCAAAUAUCUACGCGUUAUAAAUGUUUUUUCUUUUCUUUUCUUCUGUUUUCAUCAACCUGAACGCAUUCGUAGCCUUCAUAUCAAUCAUAGCAUUAUCUAUCUAUCUAUCUAUCUAUCUAUCUAUCUAUCUAUCUAUCUAUCUAUCUAG